GCAGCCGAACCGAUCCCGGCUCCCUCCCGACUGCGCGCGUCGGUCCCGAGCUGCGCCGGAGCCGGUGCGGGCUCGCUAAUCCCCCCCUCCUGCGUCCACGCUUUUCCUCUGAGCCGCUAUUUAAUUCCUCUAAACCCCCAGCUGCCGCCCUGCUUCCUCACUGAGCGCGACAGACUGCGCGCCGCUGCGGUUAUUAAUAAUUCAGCCGCCCUCCGCUCCGCGGCCGCAGGAGGAGACCGCGCGUCCUCCCUCGCCCGCCUGCUCCGGCUCUGCGUGCGCUCAGCGACCGCGCGGUUCUUCUUCUUCUCCUUCUUCUUUUUAUUUGGUUGUUUUUCAACUCACUUUAUCGCUGCCGCCGACGAGGCACAUCGAGCGUGUCGUCGCCUCGGCGAGCUGCGGAGAGCGACGCCCGACCGCAACUUUCGCCGCACGUGGAGCGAAGAAGCCCGCACUUGAGUGAAAACAUGCAACCGGUUCGAAUCGGUGAGCGGGUCGGCUGACGAGACUUGCACGACGCACGCUCGAAGCCGGAGAGAGCGCUGCCUCUUAAAUCGGGGGGGGGGGGCGAAUUUCGUGGAAAUAUGACGCACCUUGCAUGAAGAAGUCAAGAAGCAGACGACUUGGAUUACAGCCUGUAGUUUACGUUUCAAAUCGACAACAAUGUUGAGCAGACCGUAUUUGCUUCCGGUAUUAUAAGGCUAAGCUGAACGACAAGCCGAGCCGUUUCUUUUCUCCCACAAACUUUUUUUUUUUUUUUUGCGGGGGGAAGCCGAACUUUUUUUUUUUUUUUAGAGUGGAAAAUGGGUCCCUGAGAGGGCUUUGGCAUCUUUCCCUCCACCACAAUGGCAACCGAAAGCUUUCUGUUGAAUGAAGAACCCUCCAGAGGCCCUGGGAUGCCUGAAUGCUUUGUUGUAUCGGAUUCAUACAGGUAUUAUCCUACUCACCUUCUAAACAAUGCCCUAGUGGAUGAAUUUCAUCCCUUCAUCGAGGCCCUCCUCCCCCAUGUCCGUGCCUUCUCGUACACCUGGUUCAACCUGCAGGCCCGCAAGCGCAAGUACUUCAAGAAGCACGAGAAGAGGAUGACCAAGGACGAGGAGCGCGCGGUGAAGGACGAGCUGCUGGGAGAGAAGCCCGAGAUCAAACAGAAGUGGGCCUCGCGCCUGCUGGCCAAGCUCCGCAAGGACAUCCGGCCCGAGUUCCGCGAGGACUUUGUGCUCACCAUCACCGGGAAGAAGCCGCCCUGCUGCGUGCUGUCCAAUCCCGACCAGAAAGGAAAGAUCCGCCGCAUCGACUGCCUCCGUCAGGCCGACAAGGUGUGGAGGCUGGACCUGGUGAUGGUCAUCCUGUUCAAGGGCAGCCCGCUGGAGAGCACCGACGGGGAGCGGCUGGUCAAGUCGCCCCAGUGCUCCAACCACGGCUUGUGCGUCCAGCCGCACCACAUCGGAGUGACGGUCAAAGAGCUGGACCUCUACCUGGCCUACUUCGUCCACACGCCAGAACAAUCGGGGCAAUCGGACAACUCAAACCAGCAAGGAGAGACGGACGUCAAGCCCCCGCCAAAUGGCCACUUGAGUUUCCAGGACUGCUUCGUGACUUCAGGGGUGUGGAACGUAGCCGAGCUGGUCCGCGUGUCACAGACCCCGGUCGCGACGGCGACCGGCCCGAGCUUCUCCCUGGCCGACUUGGACAGUCCUGGAUACUACAACAUCAACCAGGUCACCCUGGGACGGCGCUCCAUCACCUCCACUCCUUCCACCAGGACCGAAAUGGAGCUUUAUGCAAGUCUCCCACGGAGCUCUAACAAGCGCAAGUCCAUCGACGACAGUGAGAUGGAGAGCCCGGUGGACGACGUCUUCUACUCGGGCCGUUCGCCGGCAGCCGGCAGCAGCUCGCAAUCCAGCGGUUGGCCCAACGACGUCGAUGCAGUGCAGCACCAUUUGGCCAGUGUGCAGGAGAGGAAGAUUAAGCAUGAGAGCGAUGGAGUGCAGUUUCCUUACCAUGGACUGUCAUCGCCUGGUUCUCUUAAGAAGCCGGGGAAAUUCGAUUUCAGCGCCCUGUCCUCCCAGACGAGGUCCCCCCGCAUGGCGUUCACCCACCACCCACUGCCAAUGCUGGCGGGAGUGAGACCAGGGAGUCCCCGUGCUUCUGCCUCGGCCCUGCACUUCCCGUCUCCCUCCAUCAUCCAGCAGUCGAGCCCCUACUUCACCCACCCGACCAUCCGCUAUCACCACCACCCUGGACAGGAUCCUUUGAAGGAGUUUGUGCAGUUUGUCUGCGCCGAUGGCCCGGGGCAGGCCGGCGGACAGCCAAACGGGAGCGGCCAGAGCAAAAUGCCAGGCUCCUUCUUGCUGCCUCCACCUCCCCCAGUGGCCCGCCCAGUGCCCCUCCCUAUGCCCGACUCUAAACCCAACAGCACGCCCCCUGACGGCGGACUCUCAUCGCCCGCAUCUCCGUCAUACUCCGCGCCAGGCGCCGCAGCUCCCAACAGGUUUGUCGGCAUCGGAUCACGGGACAACAACUUUCUGAACAUCCCGCAGCAGACGCAGUCUUGGUUCCUCUGACAAGAUCUGCGUUGAAAACCAGCAACUCGUAAUCUUUCUUUACAAUCGGAAACAGAUAAUUGUCCUACAAUCAACACGGCGACCGGCCACGACAUCGCAUCGCACUCACAAAGGCAAAACCCGACGAAGCACCGCAGGAAAAUUGCGCAACAUUUGGAGGAACUCCGGGCUCAUCGUAUUCAUUGGGAGGAAGGAGCCGUAGGAGGCAACGACGGCAAGGCGGAGAAAGGCGACGGCGCGGACGAAAGGACGGCAAGGAUGGCGAAGGCGGCAAAGCGGCCAGCCCGUGGGCGCGUCUCCUGAAAAGAAAGCCGGCGGCCAUGCGGGAGGAUCCCAAGGACGACGCCGACUUCUUAGCAAGGACGCGGUGGCCUCAAAAGUAAAGCAACACUUCCAACAAAACCCGCCGUGAAUUUACUCAGUCGUGUUGUUCGUGAAAGCUGCAUUUCAUACUCCACCCAAAAGCGGUCACGUUGACCGCCGCUGCGUCUCUCUCGGAAUGACUCUAGACAUAAAAAGAAGAAAAAAAAAAAAGCCCCCUUCCGCCCUCCUACUAACUAACUAAAUAAGAAAAAGACACGAUGCCAAAACAUAGCUUGAAGGCUUUGCACCUCCGGGCUGAAUCGAUUAACGCGAAUCCUAUCGAUCGAUGUGCACUACAAGGUCAACCCGACUGGCCGAUUCCGACUCUUAUUGUUGGAGAAACAAAACAAGGCACAAGAAGCCGACACUUUGCUCCUCUUGUUUGUCCCGUCUGCCCCC